AACUUAUACGAGAGCGUUACAGUUAUUGAAUUGGUGAUAUAACUUCAGUGGAAUAACUUCAUGCAAUCAUUUGGAAAGUUAUAUUAAGCCAUUGGUGAUAUAAGUGUACUGGAGUAAAUGUCUUUCCGGAGUAUAGUCCGCGAUGUGAGAGAUGGGUUUGGGAGUUUAUCAAGGCGAAGUUUUGAGGUGAGGCUGCCCGGCCAUCAUCAUAGGGGAAAAUCACAUGGCUCAGUGCACGAGUUGCAUGACCAGCCCAUAGUCAUCCAAAACAGCCGUUGGGCAGGCCUCCCACCUGAGCUUUUGCGUGAUGUGAUCAAGAGAUUGGAGGCAAGUGAGAGUACGUGGCCUGCUCGCAAACAUGUUGUUGCAUGUGCUGCCGUGUGUAGGUCAUGGAGGGAAAUGUGCAAAGAAAUUGUCAGAAGCCCUGAAUUCUGUGGGAAGAUUACCUUUCCGGUUUCCCUGAAGCAGCCAGGGCCCAGGGAUGGGGCUAUUCAGUGCUUCAUUAAGAGGGAUAAAUCUAAUUUGACUUACCAUCUUUUCCUUUGCCUUAGCCCUGCUUUGCUUGUUGAAAAUGGCAAGUUUCUUCUUUCUGCAAAACGGACUCGGAGAACCACUUGCACAGAGUAUGUAAUCUCCAUGGAUGCCGAUAAUAUAUCAAGAUCAAGCAGUACUUACAUUGGAAAAUUGAGGUCAAAUUUUCUUGGCACAAAAUUCAUCAUUUAUGACACACAACCUCCUUACAACAAUGCCCAGCUUUCUCCACCUGGCCGAAGCCGCAGGUUCUAUUCCAAAAAGGUUUCACCAAAGGUUCCCACUGGUAGCUACAACAUUGCUCAGGUCACAUAUGAGCUGAACGUUUUAGGAACCAGGGGCCCUCGGAGGAUGCACUGCACCAUGCACUCAAUUCCAGCCUCAUCCCUUGAGCCUGGUGGUAGUGUCCCAGGCCAGGCAGAGCUUAAUCCACGCUCCCUUGAAGAUUCCUUCCGGAACUUCUCAAAAUCAAUAGAUAGUUCAACUGAGUUUAGUAGCUCCCGAUUUUCUGACAUUGUUGGCAUUCGUGAUGAUGACGAGGAGGGAAAGGAGCGACCUUUAGUUCUUCGGAACAAGGCUCCAAGAUGGCACGAGCAGCUCCAGUGUUGGUGCCUCAACUUUCGAGGAAGAGUGACUGUUGCUUCUGUCAAGAAUUUCCAAUUGAUUGCUGCAACGCAGCCUGCUGCUGGUGCACCGACACCAUCACAGCCACCCCAGUCGGAUCACGACAAGAUCAUUCUGCAAUUUGGUAAGGUUGGCAAGGAUAUGUUCACAAUGGACUACCGGUAUCCUUUAUCUGCAUUUCAGGCUUUCGCAAUCUGCUUGAGCAGUUUCGACACCAAAUUGGCAUGUGAAUAGAAGAAAAUAGAGAUUAUGGUAAGAAGUAGAAAAGUUUCGUUGGCCUUGCUUGUUUCUCUCUCUAGAAUCUAUAGAAUGUGUUUGUUUUAUGCAGUGUACAACUAAUAGUUGCACUAGCAAGUACAGGACAUCUGUGCUCAUUUGACAAGAAUUUUUUUCUUUUUCUUUUUCCCCUUUAAAUCCAUUUUCUAUGAUGCUCUGGAUGUUUCCAUUAUCAAAUGUUUUCUGUUCUCUAAACUCACUCCUUUAAUUUGAGCUGUAAAGAACAGUGUAAACUUCAAUUCAGUCUACUGGCUGCUAGUUUAGCCUUAAGACCCCAAUCAGUUACCUUUAAA